AUGGAAGAAAUUGACAAUUAUGAUGUAAACAUUAAGCUUACCUUUGGUGCUUUUGAUCCUGAAUUCAGUGAAAAUAGUCAGUUUCCUUCUGUCCAUCAGAUGGCUCCAAAGGAUGAAUCACUGGCCCUUGGCAUGGUUUCCUUGAUGCUUCAUUUCCACUGGACCUGGGUGGGACUCAUCAUCACAGAAGGCCUGAAUGAUUUUCAGUUUCUCUCAGACAUGAGAGGAGAGAUGGACAGGAAUGGAGUUUGUGUAGCAUUUGUAAAAAUGAUUGAAAAUGCUGUUGUAUCACACCUUUGAAGUCCAAACCUGCUAGAUUUCCUGAGCAGAGAGACCUCACCAGUAAAUGUGGUUGUCAUUUAUUAUGAUACUGACAGUCUAAAUGAUAUCAACUAUCAUGUCGGGGUACAUUUAGUGACAUGAAGAGUCUGGGUGACCAACUCACAAUGGCAUGCUGACCUGGCUGGAAGAAAUUUCAUCCUUGACUCAUUCCAUGGGAGUUUCAUCUUUUCACACCACUAUGAGGAGAUUUCUGGUUUUAAAAAGUUUAUCCAGACAGCUACCCCCUUUAAUUACCCAGAAGACACUUUCCUCACUCUGUAUUGGUUCCAGAAUUUCUACUGCUCAUUCUCUGAUUCUGAUUGUUCACUGAAGGACUGUACACCUAAUGCUUCUCUCAUAUGGCUGCCUGCAAAUCAUUUUGACACUGCCAUGAGGAAAGGGAGCUACAAUGCAUACAAUGCUGUGCAUUUGGUGGCACAAGCCCUUCAAGAGAUGCUUCUUCAACAAGCUGAGAUGCAACCAAGGGGAAGUGGAAAUGGGGAAACUAUGGGGUUCUCCCCCUGGCAGCUCCACCCCUUUCUGAAAAGCCUCCAGUUGAACAAUCCCACCAGAGAACAAAGAAAUUUAGACAAGAAAAAUAAAGUAGGUGCCAAUUAUGAUAUUCUCAACUUGUGGAACUUUCCAGAAGGCCUUAGAAAAUGGGUGAAAGUUGGAGAGUUUUCCUCUCAUGCCCCACUUGCUCAACAGUUGUCUUUGUCUGAGAAGAUGAUAGAAUGGGCCACAGGAAUUACUAAGACUCCACAGUCCAUAUGCAGUGAGAGCUGCCAUCCCGGAUUUCGGAAAUCCCCUCAGGAGGGAAAGGCUGCCUGUUGUUUUGAUUGCACCCUUUGCCCAGAGAAUGAGAUCACCAAUGACACAGAUAUGGAGCAGUGUGUGAAAUGUCCAGAUCAUCAGUAUGCCAACACUCAGCAAAAUCACUGCAUUGAAAAGCCUGUGACAUUUCUGACUUAUGAAGAUCCCAUGGGGAAGGCUCUGGUUGGCACUGCACUGAGUCUCACUGAUCUCACAGUGGCUGUUCUUGGGCUCUUUGUGAAGCACCAAGACACUCCCAUUGUCAAGGCCAACAACAGAAAUCUCAGUUACAUCCUGCUCACCUCUCUCAUCUUCUGCUUUCUCUGCUCUUUACUCUCAUUCAUUGGUCGUCCCAGCACAGUCACCUGCAUCCUCAGACAGACCACAUUUGGAGUUGUAUUCACUGUGGCCAUUUCCUCUGUAUUGGCUAAAACCAUCACAGUGAUUCUGGCCUUUAAGGUCACUGCUCCAGGCAGAAGAAUGAGGCAGUUGUUGGUAUCAGGGGCACCUAACUACAUCAUUCCCACCUGCUGUCUGAUCCAACUCAUUAUCUCUGCAGUCUGGAUGGGAACAAAUCCACCUUACAUUGACACAGAUGCACACUCUGAACAUGGUCACAUCAUCAUGUGCAAUAAGGGUUCAAUCAUUGCCUUCUACUGUGUCCUGGGAUACCUGGGCUCCCUGGUCCUGGUGAGCUUCACUCUAGCUUUCCUGGCCAGAAACCUGCCUGACAUAUUCAAUGAAGCCAAGUUUCUGACUUUCAGCAUGCUGGUAUUCUGCAUUGUGUGGGUCACCUUUCUCCCUGUGCACCACAGCACCAAUGGGAAGGUCAUGGUGGCCAUGGAGGUCUUCUCCAUCUUGGCUUCCAGUGCAGGGAUGCUAGGGUGCAUCUUUGCCCCCAAGUGUUAUAUUAUUUUACUAAGCACAGAUAGACAUUCUUUGCCUAAAUUCAAUGAUAAAAUAUAUACUAGAAGUAAAAAACCUUAUUAA